AUGAAGAUCCAGAACAUCGGGGAAGAGUCCAUCCACAACAUCUGCAGCAGCCAAGUGAUAUUCACGCUCAGCAGUGUAGUAAAGGAGCUAGUAGAAAAUAGCAUAGACGCAGAUGCAACAGAAAUAAAAAUAAAGCUAGUCGAAAAUGGGAUCAAAUUAAUACAAGUUAAUGACAAUGGGGCAGGAAUUAAAAAGUCAAAUUUUGAAAAUGUUUGUGCCAGACAUGCCACGUCGAAGAUUACUGAAUUUGAGGAUAUACACAGUUCAUUGAAUACAUUAGGGUUCAGAGGGGAAGCAUUAAAUUCCUUGUGUAUGUUAAGCGAUCUACACAUUGUGACGAAGCAUGAUGAAAGUAGCCACGGGUAUUUGCUAACAUUUGACAGCCUUGGGAGACUAAGUCAUGAAGAGCCAAUCGCACGAUUAAGAGGAACGACAGUAAGUUGUGAAAAUAUUUUUAAAAAUAUCCCCAUAAGGAAAAAAGACUUUAUAAAAAAUAUAAAAUCGCAGCUCUCAGAUUUGCUUCUCCUUAUGCAACAGUACGCCAUUAUUUAUUCUCACAUAAAAUUUUCCAUUCAAAAUGUCGUCACAGUGAAGGGGAAUGUGAAAAAUAUGAAUAUGCUAUUAACAAACGGUGGGAAGGAAAGUAUUAAAAAUAGUGUACACACAAUAUAUGGGAAGAGGAACAUUGGUAAUCUGAUCGACUUCAAUAUAGACUCAGAAGAGUGGAAGUUACGGGCAUACAUAAGUGACAACAACAGUGGAAGGAGAGAUAGAGACAUCCAAUUUUACUACAUUAAUAGUAGACCAAUACAUGUGUUAAAAAAUGUGAAUAAAAUUAUAAACUCCAUUUAUAAGGAAUUUAAUAGUAGGCUGUACCCCAUCAUUAUUUGUAACAUCCUUUCUGAUACCAAAAAUUUUGACAUAAAUGUAACGCCAGAUAAGAGAGAGGUUUUUUUUAUUUACGAAAAUGAAUUGUGUGAGAAGAUCAAGACGUGUUUGGUUAGUUUGCUUACCCCGAAAACUAGCCAACUGGUCGAUACGCACAUCGGUGAUUAUUUUUUGAAGGCCAACAAUAUACAGCUCCCCAUCAUGGGGGUUACUUCCAAUGAUAGGCGAAUGUUGGACCGACCUAAAGAAGAAGAUACCAUUGGAGAGGUACCCCACGGGGGAUUCCCCGCAAGCGAACCGAUUCAAAUUGGCCAAAAUGUGAAAAAGACAACACCUUCCUGGGAGGGCUCUUCCACCGGGGGAAGCUUCUCCGAGGGGGAAAGACAUAGUACUACUGGGGGUGUCAAGGAGGAGUUAUCUAUGGCACAGCAGGGUCUCCAAAAUGGAAGCGACGGAGAUGGGCAUGUGGACCAUGUUAGCCAAGUUGACCAUGAACAGACGAAUGUGUGGCCUCCGCAAAGAUCGGACGAUUACGAACCAAAGUUGUGUGUGCAAGUGAAGGAGGAGCUGCAGGAGGAAGAGUGCACCCCCCCCUUUGACUCGAGUGAGCAAUUUUUUGGCACUCCUUUCGUUAAGGAGGAGAAUAGAUCUCCCGAGCAAGUGGACCUCCCGGGCAGAUAUCAUCGAGCGGGGCGAGCACAGCAGGGGUGGCAAGUCGAAGGAUCCGUUCCGAAGAAAGACCCUCAGGGGGACACUCCACAGGAGGAAGCACCAAUUGUGCAAGCGUACGAGUACCAGCUGGGGGACGGUUCGACGGAGGAGGGGUGCGAGCUCGAAGAUCACCCCAGUGCACAUGCGUUCGACUUUAAGUUGGAAGAUUCGCCCAAGUUAUGCGUUCAGGAGUACCAACUGGAGGAUAUGCCUAACGUGUCCGUUCAAGAAUAUAAGUUGGAAGAUUCUCCUAAAUUGUGCGUUCAGGAAUAUAAGUUGGAGGACCCGCCUAUGGCUGACUCCUACGAGUGUAAACUGGAGGACAAAGGCGAUAGUCCCCACUACGACAUAAUCCACAGGGAUGGUAACGACUCUGGUGGGGAAGAACUCAAGCCACAAAGCCAACCUGAAGAAGGGAGUCCAAACAGAAUGGUAGACCCACCCAAUCCCGCCCAUUACACCUUCGAACAAUUAAAAGAGAACAUAAAAAGUAGCUGCAUCAAAAGCAUCCCCAUAGACAUCAACAUGUAUAUCAACAGGGAGCAAAUGAAGAGCGGGUUCGAUUAUGACCAGAUCCAUGUGGUAAAUUUAACAAAUAGCGAAAAAAUUAAAAAUAUAAUUUUUCCAAAGGGGAAGGAAGAAGAGAAGGCCAACAACUACCUGUGCCUAACUGAUAAGAAGCAGGUUAAUGAAUACGCGGAUUUGUUUAACGGCAGCUUGAGCAUAAAGGAGGCAGCCGGGGGGGAAGGUCAGGUGGGAAGCAUCUCCGGAGCAAGCUCUAACGAAGACAUCAGCUUCAGCAACAUUGAUGAACGGCAGAAGGAUUUAUAUUUUAAGUCCAACUUAUUUGAAAAACUUAAAAUCUGUGGGCAAUUUAAUAAAGGCUUUGUCAUUUCUAAAAUUGACCUGUUGUACUUUCAAAGGGGUACUGGAGGAAAAGUGGCAAAUCAAGCAGAGUCUGGAGGGGAGGAAGGCGAUCCCCAGGGGAACAGCAGUUACGCGCUGUUCAUUAUAGACCAGCAUGCUGCAGACGAAAAAUCCAAUUUCGAAAAAUACAACAAAAUUUUCACCAUGAAGUCACAAAAGUUGAUUAGCAAAAUCGACUUGGAGUUGAGUCCUGCGCAAAUUUACAUCAUCGAAAAAAACUUGGAAAUAUUUUUGCACAAUGGUUUUGACGUGGAAAUUGUGGAGGAGCCCGCUCAGAAGAGGAGAAGAAUAAAAGGGGGCGAUACGACCGUUGCAACCGAUGCCAUGGAUGAGACGGACUUGGGGGAAGGUGUCCUGAUGGAAGUGAAGGUUUACUUGCUCUCCCUCCCCGUGUUCAACGGAAAGAUCCUGGAGGUUGAGGACUUCAUGUCCCUACUCCACCACUUGACAGAACACCCGAUAACCUACGACAAGGCCAAUUUCCAGAUGUUCAUACGGAACAAGGGCCAACCCAAUAAGAAGACGGACACCUGGUUUAACUACAACUUUCCGCGCCCCCAGAAGGUCUGGCGGAUCCUGGCCUCCAAGGCCUGCAGAAACGCCAUCAUGGUCGGAAAGACCUUGAACGUGCCCGAAAUGAUCAAGAUUAAAAAAAAACUUAGCGUGUUGAAAAACCCGUGGAACUGCCCCCACGGAAGGCCGACCAUCAAGUACAUUAUAAACGACAUGGACAUAAAAAGUUGCUUCGAAAAUUACUACAUAAAACUGUACGACGAAAUUACAAAUUUGAUUGUUACGAAGAAUUACGAUGCCUAUAAGUACCUCUUCCACAACCACGCCUUCUUUUUGAUUAUGUCUACCAAGCCGAUGCUCGGCCCGGUGCUGAAGUUUCAGUGA